AAUACACCAAAUUAAUCUCCUUCCUACACAUGAGAUGCAUUUUUGUGCUUUCGUAUAAGAGCAGCAGAAUCAAAGCCCCAUGUCAGCAGUGGUUCAGGUAGCUCAUGCCAUACAUACCUUUUUAUGUCUCUUAGUAGGCAGUAAGGCAGAGAGCAUUUUUAGAUACAUUGUUAUUACAGUGGCCCUGGAUAAUUUCAGUGCUGACAGGCCAAUCUUGAUGCAUUACCACUCUGGGCGAAGCUUCAAAGAAAGAACAUCACGUCAUUUAGCUGAACAGAGGAUCAAGGGUAGAGAUGCCGCCUUCAACCGUUACUUAUGAAAUAAUAUGAAAAAAAAUAAAAAAAAAUCCCUGAAAGAGGAAGUAGACCAUCUUGAGGUCAUUUUACAAUGAUUUAAAAAUGAUGCAGGGCAAAGUAAGUUCAUUUACUGUACUAAAAUCUAUUUGGGCCUCUAUUCAAACCUAAUUUGAUGCUACAUCCAAAUCAUGUGUAGAGAAAUUAAAACUUUGCCUUUUGGGCACCGCAAGGGUCGAGAGCAGGAAUGCUUCAUUCCUUUCAGUUGAUCUCAGUUCACAAGCAGCUCGAUUCAGAUAAUACUCUUCCUGACCUUAAAUGGCCGGCAAUGCCAGCGGCAGAACUACAAAGACCAAAGCAACUCAUGCUUAAGACCAAACCUAAAGCCCCGAAAAGACGGCGAAACAGUCAGUUUGGUUCCAACUGAAAAACUUGAAACUUUUUGUUUGCGUGUUGCAGCAGCAGGUGCAGGACAAUGACCUUUUGUUUCAUAUUUAUGAGACAAUAUUUAAGAAGUGACCUCUUUGGGUGCCCCAGUAAAAGGAAAUAAUCAUGAUGGGCUCAGAAGUGUAGCAGAAGUCGCCUCAUCUUUUCCUAACAUGCUUAGAUAAAUGUAGUUAUAUGAAAAGUGCAAAAUUGUUGACCCUUCCAAGUUUUCAAAGACCCAUACUUUAUAAAAACCUUCUAAACAACUCUUGAGCAGCUCUUUAAGAAAUCUACCAAAGUUUAUCUUUGAGUUUGUCUUUGCAACGAGCUGCCUAAACACAACCGGGCCACUGUGGCUCAGUGGGCCGAACAGCUGACUUGCAACUUGAAAGUUGCGGGUUUAAUUCCUGCUGCCUCCUGCCUGGGGUUGGUGAUGAACCUCACAUUGUCUUAUGAUUUGUGUAUUGGUAUAUGAGUAUUUGUGAGCGUGAGUGGGUAAAAAGAGCUUUGAGUGUUCAGUAUGACUAGAAAAGUUCCAUGAAAAUGCAGUCCAUGCAAAGACAAACUUUAAGCAUUUUCUGAAUGCACCGCUUGAACUGCUAAAAAGAUUAAAAGAACAUAGUAAUAAUUUAUGAGGGUUUUAAAACUUUUGUCCAUUGUUUCACUUUCCAAUAAGCAUAAAUUGUCCUAAUUUAGCAAAUGUUGUGAAAACUAGAUGUUUAUACAGACAGUGCUUUGGAAAGCUGGUCUCUUUUUCACAUUUUAUGACUUUGGUGUAUUUUAGUGGGAGUCUCUUUGUUAUGCCAACACAAAGCAGUGCAUAACUUUGAAGUGAAAUGCGAAUGAUGCAUGGUUUAUAAAAACUACAAAAAAACAAAAAGAAAAAUGUGAUGGUUGUGGUGUACGUUUUGCAUUCGCACCCCCCCUCCUCCCAGCUCCAUUACAAACACCUUCAGACGUUUUGUGUAGUUUAUUCUCUGUUUGAAUCCUGCUGUUUAAAGCUGGGUUUGGUUAUAAAAUGAUGCUUUAAGAUCCCUUCAGUCUAUCAUCUGAAUGUGGAAUAUGGCACAACUGCAAACCUACAAAAGCACAGAUCAGAGAAACAGAGUUACGAUGAGCUUAUCGUAACUCUAGAGGAGCUGCAGAGAUUCACAGCUCUUAAUUUGUUAUUAAAUUCAGCUUUGAAUUUAAUAACAAAAAAAUUCUGUUAUUUUUUGACAGGAUCUGUCAAAAAAUAACUUUUAAUCACAUCCUCCAUGAGUGUGGCAGGUAGAAAAAAACAACAAAAAACUACUGCUGAAAGAAAGCCACAAGCCGUGUUGGGGACAGAGCAAACAUAUAGAAGAAGUUGCUCUUGUUAGAUAAGACCAACAUUGAUCUUGAAAAGCUGAAAUGCAGAGAACAUUGUCCUGAACAUACGAUUUUCAUAUCAAAACAUGGAUGGACUUAAAUACAAGACAAUUAUGGAAGAAAAUCUGCUAGAUGCUGCAAAAGAGUUAAGACCGGAAGGUUAGGCUAUUCUAACACAGGUGGAUACCUGUGUUAGAAUAGCCUAGUCAAAGCCCAAAUCUAUAUCCAACAGAGAAUUUGUGAUGACGUUCACAGACUGAGAAUAUCUGGUUAACUUUCAGUAUCUACGUAUACAAAGCUUGCAGAGAUAGACCUCAAAGACUUUGAUGUGCAGUUUGACAGGAAGAUCUUUCUACAAAGUAUUCUGAAUGCAAAUGAACAGCCCUCUCUUUUAUGACUUUCAUUUGUAAGAAAAAAAAAAUCAAAACCACACAUCCUUUUCCUUCCUCUUUGCAAUAAUGCACUUUGUGUUUGUCCAUCAUAAAAUCCGUUGAAGUUCGUGGAUGAAAUGUGUCAAAAAGUGGAAAAGUUUCAAAGGGUUUUUGCUCAGCACUGUGUAUGUCUUCCAUUCGUAUGUUUGGAUCUCCUCUGAAUGCCUUCGCUGCUUCCUUUGAGCUGUUGUGACUGGUCUGGCCUUUCUGAGCUCCAACAAAAACAAACAGUCCUGGGCACAGACAGACAAGUGGUAGAAAAGAGUCCUUUGUGAUACCAGCCAUCGAGGACAUCCAUUAAGAUGAUUGGCAGCUUAAACACAUUAGCGGAAAAGAAAAAGCAUCCCUUCAAGUUCGGGUAGCACGUCAGGCGCGUAACGGAGCAUGUUUCUUUAAGAAUGUAAGGUGGGUGAGCCCCUCUUCCUGACGCACGCCUGGCAUGCAAACAUAAAUUUAGCAGCAACGUGUUUGCUGUUGAGGGGAACCAAAUAUCUGGAAGCGUCCGUGGAGUGUCAUGUCGUCUCCGUCCUGUCUUGGCUGACUUUCACCUUUUCCUCCUCCGCUUGGGAACCGGAGCCGGAGCCGGAGCGCACCGCAGCAGAGCGGAGCGGAGAGCAGAGCAGAGCGGACCGCUUUCUGGUUCUGAACAGAGAGCCGGGACAUUCAGAGGCGUCACUCACUCAACAGCUUGAAAUUACUUUGAGUUUGUUUGCGUCCGAGAUGAUGAGUUGGAGCGGCCCGUGGACGGCUGGACUGCUUCUCCUGGCUGUGUGCGCGAAGGUUGCCGUGUGGGCGGGUGACGGGGACGCCGUCUUCAUCAGGGAAUACACUCUGAUCCGAAGAGAUCACCUUUCAGAAGAGCCUCUCCCCGUUGGUGGCCAGAAACCAGAGGACCCAAGCUCACGGAUGGCGCGAUCAGAGGAAGAUCGGGACACGCUGUGGGACGCCUGGGGCUCUUGGAGCGAGUGCUCUCGUACAUGUGGUGGAGGAGCCUCAUACUCAUUAAGACGAUGCCUGAGCUCCAGGACCUGUGAAGGGCAGAAUAUCAAAUACCGCACAUGCAGUAAUGUGGACUGUCCGCCAGACGUUGGGGACUUUCGUGCUCAGCAGUGUUCAGCUCAUGCAGACGUGCGACACCAGGGUCAGUUCCAUGACUGGCUGCCUGUUUAUAAUGACCCAGAAAAUCCGUGUUCGCUCAAGUGUAAAGCCAAAGGCUCGGGCUUUGUGGUGGAGCUGGCACCCAAAGUGCUGGACGGAACACGCUGUUACACCGAGUCCUUGGAUAUGUGCAUCAGUGGAGUCUGCCAGAUUGUUGGCUGUGAUCAUGAACUGGGCAGUACGGCGAAGGAAGACAACUGCGGCAUCUGCAACGGAGACGGCUCAUCCUGCAGACUGGUGCGAGGCCAUUUCAAGUCCCAGCAUACUUCAGGGAAAACUGAGGACACUGUGGUCGUCAUUCCCUAUCAGAGCCGCCAUGUUCGUCUGGUCUUGAAAGGCCCGGAUCACUUGUAUGUGGAGGGUAAGACUCUACUGGGGGAAAAAACUGAACUGAUGUUGGACCAAUCUGGGCAAUACUACUUGGAGAACACCACCCUGGAUUUUCAAAAGCUUUCAGACAAAGAAAUCCUCCGAAUGACUGGUCCUCUUGGAGCGGACUUCACCAUCAAGAUACAGCUCACCAGUGUUGCAGACAGUGGGAUCCAGUACAUUUACUAUCAGCCCAUCAUUCACCGCUGGAGAGAAACGGACUUCUUCCCUUGUUCCGUCACGUGUGGUGGAGGUUACCAGCUGACAUCUGCAGAGUGCUAUGACCUACGAACUGGUCGAGUGGUUGUGGACCAGUAUUGCCAUUAUUAUCCUGAAAAUGUUAAGCCCAAACCCAAACUGCAGGAGUGCAACAUGGAACCUUGUUUGGACAGUGAUGGAUACAAAGAAAUUAUGCCGUAUGAUCUCUACCACCCCCUGCCUCGCUGGGAGAGCAGCCCCUGGACGGCCUGCUCCACCUCCUGCGGCGGCGGCAUCCAGAGUCGCUCUGUGACCUGUGUGGAGGAAGACAUGCAGGGUAACAUCACCCCCACCGAAGAGUGGAAGUGUCUCUAUUCUCCAAAGACAGCAAUCCUGCAGCCCUGCAACUCUUUCAGCUGUCCAACCUGGGUGGCACAGGAAUGGUCACCUUGCACAGUGACCUGUGGUCAGGGUCUGCGCUACAGGGUGGUUUUAUGCAUCGAUCACAGAGGGAUUCACGCCGGAGGCUGCAACCCCACCACCAAACCCCACAUCAAGGAGGACUGUCUUGUAGCAGUGCCGUGCUACAAAUCCAUAGACACACACCCUAUUGAAGCGAAGCCUGUCUGGCAGAAACAGGCCAUUGAGCUGGAGGAGGAAGUGACUGCGACUGAGGAUCCAACCUUCAUUCCUGGUCCCUGGCAGCCCUGCAGCAGAACGUGCGGAGCUGGGACCCAGCAGCGGACGGUCAAGUGCCAGGUGUUGCUGUCUUUCUCCCAGACUGUUGCCGACCUGCCUGACGACGAGUGCGAGGGGGAAAAACCCAUCUUGGUCCAGCCGUGUUAUCGCAAACCCUGCUCAGGAGAGCUCGGUCAUGGGGACGAAAAUAGAGAAGAGGAGGAGCCGCGACGCGAUGAGGACGUACUUGACUGGGAGUACGAGGGAUUUACGGAGUGUUCAGAGAGCUGUGGAGGAGGUGUGCAGGAAGCUGUGAUCAUUUGCCUGAACAAGCAGACCAGGGAGGCCGCAGACCAAAGCCUGUGUGUGAGCUCCCGUCGGCCCCCUCCGCUCCUCCAGGACUGUAACACCCACCUCUGCCUACCGAGGUGGGAAACAGGGCAGUGGAGCUCAUGCUCUACCACGUGUGGUGUUGGUCUGAUGACUCGGACUGUAACCUGCACUCACCGACCCUCUCCAAACAGCAACUACUCUGCGGUUUUAAAAGACGAAAUGUGUCAGAAGCCCAAACCAAGUCCUUUCCAAGCCUGUAACCGAUUUGACUGCCCUCCUACAUGGGACACACGCGACUGGGGCCAGUGCUCCCAGACUUGUGGUGGUGGAGUCCAGAAAAGACAAGUGUUUUGCAAACAAAGGCUGGCAGAUGGCAGUAUCCUCGAGCUUCCUGACACCUUUUGUCCAUCCAGGACUCCUGAUAACCAGCGUCCAUGUGGCAGGCAGGAUUGCCCACCUCACUGGGUCACUGCUGACUGGUCUCAGUGUUCAGUAACCUGUGGAAAUGGCAUUCAGACUCUGCAAGCUGUCUGCAGGAAGCAAGGAGAAAGUGGACAAUUUAGUAUUAUUAAUUCAAUAAACUGUUCCAUGAUAGCCCGUCCCAUCAGGAUCCGCUCAUGCUUUCUCAGGCACUGUGAAGACUCCCCGAAACCUGAUGCCACCAUACUUGGCCAGAGGAAAGUUUACAUCCAGUGGAAGAAGUCCAAGAAGUUGCAGCUGGUUGUCGGUGGUUAUGCAUACCUCAUGCCCUGGACGACGUUAAUCCUUCGCUGCCCAACACGCAACAUCCGUAAGGGCCACAUUCAGUGGCUUAAAGGAGGGAAACCCCUGGUGAACCGCUCUCAGUUUUCCAUAAAAUCCCAAGGAUUUUUGAAGAUUCAGCAGGUCCGUCCAACCGAUGCUGGAGUCUACACGUGCACUGCAGGUUCUGCACGAGAACAUUUUGUCCUACACAUCCUUGGCAGCAAGAAAAAGCUUGCAGUUCCUGAGUCAUGGGUGAAUAAAAGUAGGCAACACAAGACUAUGCGUCCAGAUAUAACCUCAACUAGUGGCACAACGCAGGAGCUACCCAUACCCCUCAAUAAAUAUGACAGCCUUGUAGAGCGCAUGCUGGAGCUUAAAGGUUAUUACCACAAUAAAAAAUACCUUGCUGACAAACCUUACUCAAGUGAAAAGAACAAGUUGACUCUGGAGAAUGAUAGGACAAACGCUGAUUCUCCAGUUCCGGCUAUGCUUGUUACCGACAGCACCAAGUUAGAUGAGAUCAUACGCAAUCUCUCUGAAGGCUUUGGAGAACAACAAGGGGAACAUUUUAUCAUGGAGUUCCUUAGUGAAAUUGCAGUGACACAAGGAGACGCCAAUGAAUCUACCGUUCACCCAUCAGAUGGUGCAGAAUCCUCCACAAAUGGACCAAUCCUUUACAAGCCAAACCUCAAAACCCACAUUUCAAGAGCUGGGCAUCCAGAGUUUAUACAACGGCCUAAAAAGAUCAUUGUAUCGCCUCAGUCUGAGGUCGUCUUUCAUGUUGGGACACCGGUUUUCUUGCGGAAACCAGUUGCCACUUUGGAGUUGAGGUGUCACCCUGUCGGGAACCCUCAACCAUCUCUAAUGUGGACAAAAAAUGGAAAUCAGUUGCACUUUGAUAACAGAGUUGGCCUUUCAGCCUCUGGCUCACUGACGAUCCAGUCUCCAGGUAAAGAAGACGAGGGUCUGUACACAUGCACUGCCAAAAAUCGUCAUGGAAGUACAUCUUUGUCAUCUUGGCUGCGGAUUACAAGUAGUAAAGAAAGAAGCUGUUUCCGUGGUAACAACACUGACCAACCUUGUGUUGAGAGGACAAACAGCAGCCAGUCAGACGGCCUUUGCACAGGACAAGGCUGCCCCCUCAGCUUGGCUAGAUGGCGUGUGGAUACAUGGACGCCAUGCUCUGCCUCCUGCGGUGGGGGAUCCCAGUCUAGACGUGUUCGUUGCACGAUGGGUCCCGAGGCCAGUUUAAGAGAAGUACAAACCAGACAUUGCCUUGGAAAAGGGAAGAAACCACCUAGUAGCAGGUUAUGCAACAUUUUGCCCUGUGCCAGAUGGAUCACAAGUUCCUGGGGACUAUGUCUUGGUCGGUGUGUGGGACCCAGUUUGGCAACGCAGCAUCGGCACGUUCACUGCAAAGACACGAAUGGUACCAAAGUUUCCUAUAGGAUGUGUCAAGGUUUUAGGAGGCCCAGCUCAGUGAGAAACUGCUCCACAGAUGCGUGCUUCCUUUACUGGUACGUGGGGCCAUGGACGCAGUGCACAGCCAGCUGCGGCCGACACGGUUUCCAAUCCCGUCAGGUGACCUGCAAACACCGUCGAACGGGCAGGACGACACGGGAUAACCACUGCAUGUGGAGACCUCGGCCUUCCAGCUGGCAGCGCUGCAAUAUGCUGUCUUGUGGCAGAGCAGAGGAGUGCCGUGACAGCACGAGGUACUGCGAGAGGGUCCGCCAGCUGGAGCUCUGCCCCCUGCAGCAAUUCAAGAGCCGCUGCUGCCACUCCUGCAGGAAAACCUGAGGGACGGGGGACGUGGUGGGACGAGGCGUGUGGAGAACUCGGACAGGUCGGGGGGAUUGGAUUGGUCCUAAAAUGGGGGGAACUCGACACCCACAGCCGUUUCUUCUGUGUCCGUCUCAGAUGAGAGUUGCUGAGUGGGUGAGGAAUGUUUGUCUCAUGCCCAGAGUGAGGGUGACUAUUCCGCCUUGAGGAUGUCAUGUGCUUGGUUUGAAUUUGAAAGCUUACGAAAGAUGGACGGCCUUAAAUGAAAGCUUCAGUUUCAAUUCUUCCUACUUUUGUCUGUUUUUUAAAAUGGUAAAGGUCACACUAACAGAUUUCCUCUGAAGUUGUGCAAACCUCCUAUUGCUAUUGUGAAAAAUAGCAAUAGGAGGGGAUAACAUUGUCCCUGAAAGAGGAACUACAGACAGCGAUGCACUGACUAAUGACCCAUCCACCCAGUUAUUAAACUGUUGUCAGUUUAAUGAAUUUUCUUACUGCACCAAAGACAAGCAAUGGAAAUAUGGCUGAUUUUAUACAGACAACCAGUUUUCACACAACUGUCUUUAUAUUUAACUUUUUAUAUUACCUCACUGUCAAGAAUUACCAGCAAACCCAUUAGCUUACUGAUUAGCUUAAGUGGUAUGCUGUCUUGUCAACUUAAUGUGAGGAUGCUUUUGUUUAAAAAUAAAACAGUGUGAUGCUUCUAAUAAAUUGGAAAUAAAGCAAAUAUAUGACAAUGCAAUUAGUUUCAACCAUCUGUGAAUUAAAUUAUAACCCUUUCUAUCUUUUUGGGUGACCAUCUGUUAGCAGGAUUUCAUGUGAAUCCUGUAAAAUAGAAAGUAGAGCAAUAAAAAGUGAUCCCCUGCAGAGGUUUGCACUAAGGGCUAUACAUGGGACUAAAGCGAACAAAUGUUUUUCUAGACAAAAUACACAUAUUUUGCACUAUUAACUCAUCAAAGUCCUUGUUAAAAACAUGGCUUGCAAAGUUUUUUUCUUUAUUUUAUUCUUAGAGUAAAAUUGUUUAUAUGUUUUUGUGUAAUGUUUCAUGAAAAGUUGUUCAAAAUGUUCCUUUAACCACUAAAAUGUUUGUCUAAACAUAGAAAUUCCCUUCUUAGAGCGCCCUCCGUGUUGGCUACAUCGGAAAAGGCGUGAAAUUUAGCUGAUAAAAAAAAAUUCCAACUUUUAAUUUGAGUACAUUUUUUUCUGUUUUGAAAUAAAGGUGUUUGAGAAAAUCACUAGGUAGCACCCAUAUCAAUUUAAGAAAAGGUUUUUGAAGCAUUUUUUAAGUGUCUACUUUGAGUUUUUUUACAUGUCUAGGUAGUUUUUAAAUAAUGGCCAAAUAUUUCCUGUCUCUGAAGUACAAAAAUGACAAUACUACUAUUGUGCACUCUUCAAAAUGGGAAAGGCAAUAAAAAAAUGUUUGUUUUGAUCGCAGUAAGAAAAGAUAUCAAAAAACUAUGAAAAA